AUGAAGGGCAAAACAGAGCAGAUUUCCUCACUCAUCACGCAGACUGCUCCAAGUCUUGAUCCAGAGCUCCUCUCCUAUGCAACUUCCUAUUUCGACGACACAACAUCAGACAGGUCGCAAGAUGCUCUAAUAGACUUCUUGUUUCCUCUCCUAUCCGAAGCUGGAGCACAGGAAGACAGCGUAUCCCAACUAUGUCGUAAACUAUCGGAACUGUCUGGCUACCUAGAAUCACAGAACGGAACCAGCGACAAGGCAGUCAAACUAGAAAACACUGUCUCCAUGAAGGAUGUAUCUGCCAAAAACAAGGAAAACAAUGCCAUGUUUGGCGGAUCCACUAGUAAUGGAGGUGUCGACCUAUCCCACCAUUCGGUAAACGGCAAACUAUUAGCAAAAUCAACGGUCGAUCAAGGAAAACUACGUGCUGCCGAAGAACAACGUAGACGCAAACUGGAAAAGAGAGGAGAAGACAGAUUACUAGAAUUCAUACCUGUUUGGAAUCCUGCUGCUCCUCCCGCAAUCAUUGUAAAUCAGGGUAAACUCGUCACUACUGGUGGUCAAUCACAGUCAAAGGAUCUCAAGAUUGAGAACUUUGAUAUUCAAUAUGCUGGUAAAAAGAUAUUGCAGAAUGCCGAUCUCAGUAUGGUGUAUGGUAGACGAUAUGGUUUGGUUGGAAAGAACGGUGUGGGUAAAUCUACACUGCUGAGAGCUAUUGCUCAUGGAGAGCUUCAGACUCCUCCUCAUAUGCGUAUUCUACACGUUGAACAAGAAAUUGCUGGUGAUGACACGGAAGCAAUCGCAUCAGUAUUAGCAGCAGACGUAGAACGAGAAUCAUUACUGAAAGAAGAAAAGGAAUUGAAUGCAGACCUACAACGAAAAGACCUGCCUCAUGAGGACUAUCUCGUCAAAUCUGCUCGAAUCAAAGAAGUGUACCAGAGAUUGGAAGAUAUCGAUUCAGAUAGAGCAGAGAGCAGAGCUUCCUCUAUUUUGGCUGGUCUUGGUUUCACUGUUGAACAACAACGAGCUGCUACCAGGACAUUUUCUGGAGGUUGGCGAAUGCGUCUGGCAUUGGCUCGAGCUCUAUUCUGUCGGCCUGACCUUUUCCCAGCCGUAGUAUGGCUCGAACAAUACUUCCAAAACUGGAAUGCAACCCUAUUGGUCGUCUCUCACGACAGGUCCUUCUUGGAUGCAGUCACAACGGACGUCCUCCAUCUUCAUAGUGGUCAAAUGGAUGCUUACCGUGGAAACUUUUCCCAAUUCCUGUCUACACAUACCGAACGUCGUAAAAAUCAACUCAGAGAAUAUGAAUCCCAACUCGCAUACCGUGCUCAUUUACAAGCCUUUAUUGAUCGAUGGAGAUAUAAUGCCAACAGAGCAGCCCAAGCACAAUCUAAAAUCAAGAUUCUAGAGAAGUUACCACCUCUAGAACCACCGCCGAAAGAUGAAAUGGAAGGCUUUGCUACUGAUGAAACUACGGGAGAAAAUAUAUACUUUAGAUUCCCUGAAGCUGAGAAGCUGUCUCCUCCUAUACUGCAAAUGAAUGAAGUCACUUUCGGCUAUGAUAAGUCCAGAUUGAUUCUGAAAAAGGUGUCGUUGGAUUUGCAAAUGGAUUCCAAGAUUGCCAUCGUCGGUCCAAACGGAGCAGGAAAAACAACACUCGUAAGACUCAUUACAGGCGAAAUAGAGGCCUCAAGCGGCUUCACUCAACGUCACGGUCGUCUUCGUUUGGCACUGUUCUCACAACAUCAUGUGGAUCAACUUGAAUUGGCCGGUUCCUCUGUCUCAUUCCUGUCAUCACGAUUCCCUGGCCGUACCGAAGAGGAGUAUCGACGAGUAUUGGCUCGAUAUGGUUUGACUGGUACUACAGCUCUACAGCCUAUUGGUACCUUGUCUGGUGGUCAAAAGAGUCGAGUGGUGUUUGCUCAUAUGGCUUUACAGAAUCCUCACGUGUUGAUUAUGGAUGAACCGACAAAUCACUUGGAUAUGAGUUCUAUUGAUGCUCUAGCCGCAGCUCUUCGUAGAUUCAACGGAGGCAUCAUCAUUGUAUCGCACGAUCAACGCUUCUUGGACGCCGUAUGUUCAGAAAUCUGGAUUUGUGAUAAAGGAUCCAUGACACGAUUUGAAGGUCGCACUGGUGACCAAUCGGGUAUUGUUGAGCAGUAUAAGCGCUCCCUUAUCGUCGAUUGA